AGAGGGAGGAAAGAUGGCGGCAUCCCAGUGUGAGAGAGACCUACCGUCAGCUCUAUGUUCUGAAUUCCUGAAUUUCUCCGCCAAAGACACCGCGUCGCGGUGGCUGGUGGCGGCUGACCUGCAGCAGGAGAUGUAUCGUCACCUGUCCGUGUAUGUACCCAGAAUCCUUUGCCAGGGUCCCAGCGGGGGCAGCGGCAGCAGCAGGGAGGAGCAGAGGGAAGAGCUCGCCUGUCAGCUGCUCCUCCUGGCCCCUCUGGAGUGGCUCCUGCUGGGGGAGGAGCCGGCCUCCGGCCUGGCCCUCCUGCAGGAGAAGAACCAGCCAUCGCCGCUGUGUGGACACGUGUUCAAGGUGGGAGAGCCCACCUACUCCUGCAGGGAGUGUGCAGCCGACCCGACCUGUGUUCUGUGCAUGCAGUGUUUCCUGGGCAGUGUUCACAAAGAGCAUCGAUACAGGAUGACCACGUCAGGAGGUGGAGGUUUCUGUGACUGUGGAGACGCUGAAGCCUGGAAGAAGGGUCCUUACUGCCAGAAACACACACCAACGGCCAACAACAGAGACAUGGAGGAGGAUCCUGUAGCACAGCUUCCGGCUGACAUGGUUGCCCGUGGUUACAGCAUCUUCUCCAUCAUCCUGAAGUAUGCUGUGGACAUGCUGACCUGGGAACAGGACGACCAACUACCUGCAGGACUAGAGCCACCGGACCGAGGAGACACCUACUACUGCAUGUUGUUUAAUGAUGAAGUCCACACGUAUGAGCAGGUGAUCUACACUCUGCAGAAAGCCGUCAACUGCAGCCAGAAAGAAGCUGUCAGCUUCGCCACCACUGUGGACCGAGACGGCAGGAAGUCAGUUCGAUAUGGAGAUUUCCAGUUCUGUGAACAGGCCAAGUCUGUUAUAGUGAGGAACACCAGUCGUCAGUCGAAGCCUCUCAGGGUGGAGGUGAUGCACUCGUCUGUUGUUGCUCAUCAGUGUUUUGCUCUGAAGGCACUCAGCUGGUUGGGACAGGUCAUCCAGUACUCUGACGGUCUGAGGAGGAUCCUGUGUCAGGUGGGCCUGCAGAGGGGGCCUGAGGGAGAAAACUCCUCACUGGUCGACAAGCUGAUGCUCAAUGACUCCAAGAUGUGGAAAGGAGCGAGGAACAUCUACCACCAGCUGCUGAUGAACAGCCUCCUCAUGGACCUCAAAUACAAGAAGAUCUUUGCCAUCCAGUUUGCCAAGAGCUAUGAGCGCUUGCAGUGCGACUACGUGAGAGACGACCACGACCGUGAGUUCUCCAUCACUGACCUGUCAGUACAAAUAUUCACCGUCCCGUCGCUGGCCCGCAUGCUGAUGGUGGAGGAGAACCUGAUGACGACCAUCAUCAGGACAUUCGUGGAUCACCUCCGCCACAGAGACCUGCAGGGACGCUUCCAGUUCGACCGCUACACCGCCCAGCAGGCCUUCAAGUUUGGACGUGUGCAGAGCCUCAUCGGAGACCUGAAGUACGUCCUGAUCAGUCGUCCCUCUGAUUGGACGGAUCAGCUCAGACUGAAGUUUCUAGAAGGUCUGGACGCUUUUCUGGAGCUGCUCAAGUGUAUGCAGGGUAUGGACCCGGUGGUGAGACAGGUGGGGCAGCACAUAGAGAUGGAGCCUGAGUGGGAGGCAGCCUUCACCCUGCAGAUGAAGCUGACUCACAUCAUCUCCAUGAUCCAGGAGUGGUGCUCCACUGAUGAGCGCGUGCUGAUCGAUGCCUACAGGAGGUGUCUGAGCGCGCUCAGUCACUGUCACAGCAGCCUUCCAGACGGCGAGCAGCCAAUCAGCUUGAGUCUGGCCGGUCACUGCGUGGAGACGUUCAGGUACCAGGUGUCUCAGGACAAAGUGUCCAUACACCUGCCGGUCUGCAGACUCCUGGCAGGACUCCACGUUCUCCUCAGCAGGACAGAAGUCGCCUCCCGUUUCCCUGAACAGCUUCCUCUGGGUGAACUCAGCCCCCCCCUCCUGAUCGAGCUUCCCCUUCGCUGCCUGGUCCUCUGUGCCCAGGUGCAUGCUGGGAUGUGGAGGAGGAACGGCUUCUCCCUGAUCAACCAGAUUUAUUAUUAUCACAACGUCAAGUGUAGAGUGGAGAUGUUCGACAAAGACAUCAUCAUGCUGCAGGCGGGGGCGUCCAUGAUGGAUCCAAAUCACUUCCUCAUGAUCAUUCUGAGUCGAUUCGAACUAUUCCACAUUUUCAGCUCUGCAGACUGCAGGAAGAGAUACAGAGAGGCUAACAAGGAUGUGGUCCAGCAGAACAACACUCUGAUCGAGGAGAUGCUUCACCUCAUCAUCAUGGUUGUCUGUGAGCGGUACGUGUCAGGUGUGGGCCAGGUGGAGCCCUUUGAUGAGGUCAGAAGAGAAAUCAUCCACCAGCUGUCAAUCAGACCGAUGGCUCACAGUGAGCUGGUGAAAGCCCUGCCGGAGAAUGGUAACAAGGAGACGGGUCUGGAGCGAGUCAUCGACAGCGUGGCUUCAUUCAAGAAGCCAGGCGUGACGGGGCGUGGUCUGUAUGAACUGCGUCCUGAGUGGAACAAACACUUCAACCUGUACUUCCAUCACUACAGCAGAGCCGAUCAGUCCAAGGCCGAGGAGGCUCAGAGGAAGCUGAGGAGACAGAACGUUGAGGACACAGCCCUGCCCCCCCCUCUGCCUCCCCCCCUCUGUCCUCUGUUUGCCAGUCUGGUGAACCUGCUGCAGUGUGACGUGCUGCUGGCUGUAGAGGGCGCUGUGCUGCAGUGGGCAGUGGAGCCCAGCGGCGGGGGCUGGACGGAGUCUAUGCUGCAGAGGGUGCUCCACCUGGUGGGUAUGGCUCUGCUGGAGGAGCAGCAGCAGCUGGAGAACAGCAGUGGAGACGAUGACAUCACCUUCAACUACACCUGCAAGAUCACACGUCCAGGUGAAGCUCCCAGUACUUCAGGAAGUGUCCUGGCUUUGUUGGAGAGUCUUCAGAAUGCUCCUCACCUGGAGAUCCACAAAGACAUGAUCACCUGGAUCCUCAAGAUGGUGGCAAAUAUCAAAACGAUGAGAGAACGAUCGUCCUCCAUUUCCACUGUCACAGUCAGCCAGGGACAAGGAAAAGAGGAGACAGUGCGAGACAAAGACAAGGCAGAGAGGAAGAGGAAGGCGGAGAUGGCUCGGCUCAGGAGGGAGAAGAUCAUGGCUCAGAUGUCUGAGAUGCAGAAACAUUUCAUCAACGAGAACAAAGAACUAUUCCAGCAGAGUCUGGAGGAGCUGGAGGCCUCCACGUCUGCCGCUGCAGACAGCAGUCCUCCUAGUUUGGAGGCAUCCUGUGUUUCUCAGGUGUGUGUUGGUCCCAGGAGGGUGGGCGGAGCAGAGCGCCGUCAGCUGGUGACAUGCAUCCUGUGUCAGGAGGAGCAGGAGGUCAAAGGUCAUGGCAGAGCCAUGGUGCUGGCAGCGUUUGUCCAGAGGUCGACGGUUUUGUCCAAAAACCGCCGUCGCAACCUGCCUGACCCGGAGCGUCACGACCCUCUGUUCAUGCAUCCUGACCUUUCUCUGGGGAUUCACACAGCCAGCUGUGGACACAUCAUGCACGCCACCUGCUGGCAGAGAUAUUUUGAGGCAGUGCAGUUGAAGGAGCAGAGACGUCAACAGCGUCUUCGAGGUCACACCAGCUAUGACGUGGAGAAUGGAGAGUUCCUGUGUCCACUGUGCGAGUGUCUGAGCAAUACUGUGAUCCCUCUGCUGCCACACACACACACACCUGACCACAGUGUUGGUCAUCCCAGUCUGGAGGCGUGGCUUAAAACAACCAAUCAGCAGAUGGCAGUACUGCACUCUGACCACAGGAAGCAGAUUGAUGGGCAGUCUGGUGUAGCAGAGGGGGCUGGGCCCGGUGUUCCUGAAGGAUUCAGAGUCGACUUCAGUCCACAGAACCUGUUCUCCAGCAGCAUCAGCGAGAUGAUUACCACCUUCAGCAUGUCAGCCUACAAGGUGGGACUGAAGGUGAACCCCAACGAGCAAGACCAGAGAGUCCCGGUGCUGAUCUGGUCCACCUGCGCCUACACCAUCCAGAGUAUAGAGCGCCUCCUGAUGGACGAGGAGAAGCCGCUUUUUGGAAGCUUACCUUGCCGACAGGACGACUGUUUGAGCUCUCUCACCAGGUUCAGUUCAGCAUGUUGGACUGCAGCUCCAGUGACAACAACACACACACACUUCAGCAGACUGCUCGCAGCUCUGGUUCCAGAUUCACAGGUAGAAAACAUUCCGUGUAUCCUCGACAUCGACAUGUUUCACCUGCUGGUUUACAGCGUGUUGUCCUACAGCUCGGUUCACAGUCUGGACCAAACAGGACAAAAUGUGGUAGACUCAGCCCACCUCCACCUCCUUCACCUGGUCACCAUGGCUCACCUGGUUCAGAUCCUGCUCACCUCGACCACAGCGGACGUGUAUAUGGACCAGGACAGUGUGGGAUCAGAGGAAGAGGAGCUCACCUAUCAGCUCUACAACACGCUAAGAAAACACCUGAACAGUGUUUUACCUGAGGUGACCUCUGGGUGGCAGUUGUUUCGCUCUGUUAAAGUCGGCAUCCUGCCGUUCCUCCGAGCUGCUGCCCUCUUCUUCCACUACCUGAAUUCUACAGCGCCACCUGCUGAUUUGCUGGUUGCAGGUCCUGAUCAGUGGGAGGCGCUGUGCAGCUACCUCAGUCUGCCCUCCAACCUGCUGCAGCUCCACCAGAGCCAACACACAUUUCUGGAGCCACUCAUACACAGGUGGUGUUGUCAUCCAGGUGUGAGACAGAUUCUGCAGGGGGGUGGAGUCAUCAUCAGGUACCCCAGAGAGUCUAACCGACUGAUCGAACUGCCAGAAGAUUACAGCGUCCUGAUCAACCAGGCGUCCAGCUUCACGUGUCCUCGCUCUGGAGGCGAUAAGUCCCGCGCUCCCACUCUGUGUCUGGUGUGUGGCUCCAUGCUGUGCUCUCAGAGUUACUGCUGUCAGACCGAGGUGGACGGAGAGGACGUGGGAGCCUGCACCGCCCACACCUUCACCUGUGGAGCCGGCCUCGGCCUCUUCCUCAGGGUCAGAGAGAGUCAGGUGUUGUUUGUUGCAGGUAAAACAAAGGGCUGUUUCUAUCCUCCUCCGUACCUGGACGACUACGGAGAGACGGACCAGGGCCUCAAGCGGGGGAACCCCCUCCACCUGUGUGCGGAGCGUUACAGGAAGAUCGAGCGUCUGUGGCGUCAGCACGGUGUCGCUGAGGUCAUCGGUCACGCUCAGGAAGCCAAUCAGACGCUGGUCGCCAUCGACUGGCAGCACCUGUGAUGUUAGGCUCCGCCCACCCCUGGUCAGAAUCCCACGAUGAUGCUCUUUGCCCCACCCCUUUUUAAUCAUUACUCCUUCCUCCCAACCAAACAGCUUCCUGCAGCCCAGUGCUGAGCUCAGAUCAGCCUUCAGGGAUUUUUUCAGGACUUUUGGCUUUUUGGUUUCUGUUUCAUGGAGGCUCCUGACCUUUGACCUCUGACCAGUCAGAGAGAGGCGGCGACACUCACAGGAAGUCAGACAAGUUUUUUAAUUCAGCUUUUCUUCAGAUUUGAAGUUUAGUUCUGGGAGAUUUUCUGAUUUUCAUUAAAUCUUGAUCUUCUUCACCGACACAUCUGGAAAAUGACUAAAGUGAAGCCCCGCCCACCUGCUGCUGUCACUCAUAGGGUGAUUGACAGGUCACUUCAAGCAGAUUUUGUUGGUGAACACACUUUUUAUCUUUAAUUUACAAUCUGUUGUCUCUGAGCAUGAUGGGAAAAAGGAGCCUGUUUCAGACGACACUUCUGAUUGGCUUCAACAGGUGUGUUCAGCAGGUGUGUUCAGCAGGUGUGUCCAGCAGGUGUGUUCAGCAGGUGUGUUCAGCAGGUGUGUUCAACAGGUGUGUUCAGCAGGUGUGUCCAGCAGGUGUGUUCAACAGGUGUGUUCAACAGGUGUGUUGUACAGUGACAGUUGUGACGUGUGAGCAGUAAUUUCACUUUGUUGCGAAACAAAAGAUGAACAGCUGUGGUUGCAAAUAUGUCAUGAAAGUCAUUAAAAACCGGAGGAGAGGGGUCGACUACGACUCCCAGGGUGCAUUUCACUAACACAGCCAAUCACGGAGCGUCAACAGUGAUCUGACGCGAAACAUGAUACCGCUGAUCAAACAUCCAGCUGUUCACACCAGCUCGCUGUCGGCCGCAGCAGCCGAGGCUCAUGGGUAGAUUUUUAGAGAACAGAAGCCGCUAUGAUUCAGAAGCUUUAUUAGACAAACGUUUAAAAUAAAGAAUCGGAGAAGCUGCAGCGAUUGGCUGCCACAGAUUUGAUUUGAGAGCACAAUUUCAUAUUUUAUUAAUUAUUAAUAUUGUAUACGGACUGAAGCAACGCGCGGCGAGAACAGGAACAGAUCGUGAGGGCUUUUAUUGUGAAAUCUCUUCCUGUAGCAGCUUUGCUUGAUUUUGAAGUGUCUCCAUGACAACAGACAGAGUUCAGAGUGUCUCCUGCAGAAAUGAUCAGAGCAUCAGUCGUCUGUAUCGAAUAGGAAAGGCUUCAGUUGUUUUAGUUUAAUUUCAACGUUUUAUUGAAAGAGACUUGUGUCAUGUCACUUCCUGUUAAAUUGAGUUGGAUGUUGUUUUUUAAGGCUUUGAGUUUGUGACGUGAGACGAACAGACACAUUGUGAAGAGACGGAAACAGAAAUCUCCUUAUUUAUUUAUUUAUUAGUUUGUUAUAAAAAUCAGAUUUUCUUUAAACGAGUGAAAAACUUUUUUUCUUGGUUUUUGUUCAGUUUAUUUGUAAUUUCCAAGAUUCCGCUGAUUUGUUUUUCACGUUUAAAUAAAACAAGAUUUUCAGAUGAAGCAACGUGUUCGCAGCAUGUCGCCUCCUCACGCUGCAUCAUUUAGCACAGCUCACAUGUUAAUAUGUGAAUUCUUGUAUAAAUGAGUCAAUGUACAAUAUUGUAUAACAAAACCAAUAAAAGCUUUA